AUGAGCAGCGAAAGUUUGUUACCUUAUUACACUGCCCACAGCUACCGUUCAAUGGGCGUGUUCAAUACCUCCAUGGGGGACCUGCAACGACAACUGUACAAGGGAGGAGAGUAUGACAUUUUCAAAUACGCACCUAUGUUUGAAAGCGACUUUAUCCAGAUCAGCAAAAAAGGAGAGGUGAUCGAUGUACACAACCGCGUCCGAAUGGUGACCGUGGGCAUUGCAUCCACCAGCCCUAUCCUCCCGCUACCUGAUGUCAUGCUGCUGGCUCGACCGACAAAAAUCUGUGAAGAGCAUGCCAGACAUGCCCGGACCACCAAGGGGAGAGGUCGCAAGCCCACCAAAACCCUAGAGCUCACCAGGCUGCUUCCCCUCAAGUUUGUCAAGAUCUCCAUUCACGAUCGUGAGAAACAGCAGCUGCGCCUGAAACUUGCCACUGGCCGCACUUUCUACCUGCAGCUGUGUCCCUCUUCAGAUGCACGAGAAGACCUCUUUUGCUACUGGGAAAAACUUGUCUAUCUCCUGAGACCACCAGUGGAUAGCUGCAGCAGUACCCCGACCCCGCAAACUGGGGACGCAGCCACCUUAGAGGAUGACAAGGGCCUAGUGACCGCAGAGCUCCAUAGAGAAGGGGAUCAGGAUGAGUUCAGGCUUCACAAGCCUCGUGAGGUGUCUAGAGCCACCUCUUCGGCUUACGCUGGGGGAGAGGGAAUCCAUCACGCCCACCACAGAAUGCCUGGCUCGCCUGCAGAAUCCAGGGCUGCCGGGAGGGCUGAAGGAGUAGCUACCAGGGCAGCCGCAGGCAUGGCGGGGGCAGCAACGAGCACUACCACGGGCUUGGCCAUGGCGGGGGCAACAAGCUCUUCAUCAGGUGCGCUGAGCAUGGCAGCAACCGAGGCUACGAGUACAAGCCAGGUCAGCACGGCCCUGUCUGGAGCCACCGGCAGAUGUACAGGAGAAAGCGGAUCCAAUAAGGCCAUCGCAGGUGCUCUCAAUAUAUCCUCAGAGGGUAUGAACAUGGCGUUGGGAGCUGCAAGCGUGUCCUCGGCCAGUGCUUCCACCCUAACCACGGGGGCUGCUAGCGUCUCCCCAGGCAGCAGCAUGAGCGUGGUGUUUGCAGGCGCAGUGACGACGGGCACGCCUGCUGCCGAAAAAGCCGCAUGCCCAGGGGUAGGACCCCUUGUCUCCACCUUGCAGAGUGAAGGCUACAUGAGCGAGCGGGAUGGAAGCCAGAAGGUCUCCCAGCCUGGUGCCGAAACCCGGAAGGGAAAAAAAGAAAGAAGAGGAAAGAAGGACAGAACUUCGAGUAGGAAAAGUUCCCGUCACCACAGGACAGGAGGGGACAAGUCGACCCGGAGAUCAUCCUCCCACCGGUCCUUAUCCGGCCAUGACAAAAGAGAUGACAGAAAGGAAAAAGGGCCGAGCCACGGAAGAAGCAGAGAACACAGCUCUCGCAGGACUGGUAGCCACAGCGCCACAGCAAAGGAGUCAAGGACAGCUCACAAGUUGGGGAAGAUCAAAUCUACGAGCAGUUCGGGGCCUGUAAGUAAGAAAUCCAGUAAAAUUGGCUCUUUCUUCAGGAACUUGAAAGUCACUUCUGGCUCAAAAACAGUGGUCACAUCACACGAUAGAGGGGUAGGCUUCGUGGCUAAGUCAGUAGAGAAGCGCAACAUAGAGGCCAAGGUAGAGAAAGCCCCAGGCAGAAAAGAUCUGGAGAUCUCUGGUACCAUGACAUCUGAGACAAUGGAGACCAUAAUCAUUGAAGGUAAAUCCGUUUAA